AUGACUGCAGGUCCAUCCCAUGGUGAACCGGCCGUCGGCGCUGACGUGCCGCGUCUCAAGUCUUUUGCUACCGCGGACACCCUCGCAACUGGUGUCAUCGCAUGGGUCAAGAAGGACGGCCAGCCGCGCCGCGCCGAGAUUCUGAGCAUCAAGCAGACCAAGAGCGGCAAGCAAUUCUACUGCAAUUUCGACAACUUCAAUAAGCGUCUCGACGAAUGGGUACCCCUGGCGCGCAUCGACCUGUCACAGGAGGUAGAGUGGCCGAACCCCGAUAAAGACAAGCCCAAGGAGGGAAACAAGAAAAAGGUGCUUUCGGGCGCGGUCAAAAAGGCAGUCCUUGCCAAGAAGAACCAAAAGCGACCGGGAAAGCGAGAGGAUUCGAUAAAAUCGGAAGUGACGACACCGCAUCCAUGGAGCGACUUUGUUGAAUCGCAGCGCAAGUCGGCCUCAGUCGGUCCCGAUGGCGACUCGCACGCAAUUGGCAGUACCGGCCCGGGUACGACCCCGGUGGCAACACCAGCUGGCGGUGACGAGAUGGACAUCGACGAAAAGGAGGACAAGGAGGACAAGGAGGAGUUCAGUCGUGAGGAGGAAAUCGAGAAGCUGAGAACGCACGGCUCGAUGACACAGAACCCGACUGAAGUGUCGCGUAUCCGAAACAUAUCCAAGGUCCAGUUUGGCAAAUUCGAUCUGUUCCCCUGGUACUUUUCGCCGUAUCCAGAGUCGUUCAGUGGCGAAGAUAUUAUCUUCAUCUGCGAGUUUUGCCUGAGCUACUACGGAGACGAGUUCUCUUUCAACCGCCACCGCCGCAAGUGCACUUUGCAACAUCCUCCGGGCAACGAACUAUACAGAGACGAUUAUGUGUCUUUUUUCGAGAUAGACGGCAGACGUCAACGGACAUGGUGUCGAAAUCUAUGCCUGGUUUCCAAGAUGUUUUUGGACCACAAAACGCUGUAUUAUGACGUCGAUCCAUUCUUGUUCUAUGUCAUGGCUGCCCGCACUGAAAAGGGCUACCCGUUUGUCGGGUACUUUUCAAAAGAAAAGGAAAGCGCGGAUGGUUACAACGUUGCGUGUAUUCUGACGUUGCCACAAUACCAACGAAAGGGCUACGGUCGACUACUAAUUCAGUUUUCCUACGAGCUAUCCAAGAUUGAGGGCAAGUUGGGUUCACCUGAGAAGCCACUCUCCGAUCUUGGACUGCUAAGUUAUCGUCAGUACUGGGCAGAGAACAUUCUGGAUCUAUUGGUUGGCGCGUGCGAGCGUGGCGAGAAGGUGACGAUUGAAGCGAUCUCGUCAGCGCUGGCUAUGACUACGGUAGACGUGGAGCACACGUUGCAGGCGAUGAAGAUGCAAGUAUACCAUAAGAGUGACCACAAGAUCGUCAUCCCGCAGAAAUUGAUAGAGCAGCGAGAAAAACGACUGCUCAAGCCAAGACGGACACUGGACCCUGCCAAGGUGCAGUGGAAGCCGCCCGUGUUUACGGCGUCCAGCCGUACAUGGGGAUGGUGA